CGGCUGUGACAGAGUCUGCAAAACCUGCUUCCACAAUGGGUAAUGAGGAGCUUUGGGUGCAGCCAGCCUUGGAGAUGCCGAAAAGACGGGACAUCCUUGCGGUCGUCCUCAUCGUGCUGCCCUGGACACUGCUCAUCACCGUCUGGCACCAGAGCACCCUUGCACCCCUGCUCGCCGUGCACAAGGAUGAGGGCAGUGAUCCCCGGCAUGACACAGCCCCGGGCACGGACCCCAGGGAGUACUGCAUGUCCGACCGCGACAUUGUGGAGGUGGUGCGCACCGAGUAUGUUUACACGCGACCCCCGCCGUGGUCUGACACGCUGCCUACCAUCCAUGUGGUGACACCCACCUACAGCCGCCCGGUGCAGAAGGCUGAGCUGACGCGCAUGGCUAACACCUUGCUGCACGUGCCCAACCUGCACUGGCUGGUGGUGGAAGAUGCGCCGCGCCGCACUCUGCUUACAGCGCGCCUGCUGCGGGACACUGGUCUCAACUACACGCACCUGCACGUGGAGACGCCCCGCAACUACAAGCUCCGGGGUGACGCCCGCGACCCGCGCAUACCGCGGGGCACCAUGCAACGUAACCUGGCCCUGCGCUGGCUGCGCGAGACUUUCCCGCGCAACUCCAGCCAACCAGGUGUGGUGUACUUCGCGGAUGAUGACAACACCUACAGCUUGGAGCUCUUUGAGGAGAUGCGCAGCACCAGGAGGGUGUCCGUGUGGCCUGUUGCCUUCGUUGGUGGCCUUCGGUAUGAGGCUCCACGGGUAAACGGAGCAGGGAAGGUGGUUGGCUGGAAGACCGUGUUUGACCCCCAUCGACCAUUUGCAAUAGACAUGGCUGGAUUUGCAGUCAACCUGCGGCUCAUUCUCCAGCGGAGCCAGGCCUACUUCAAACUGCGUGGAGUUAAAGGAGGCUACCAAGAAAGCAGCCUCCUCCGAGAGCUUGUCACCCUCAAUGAUCUGGAGCCCAAAGCAGCCAACUGCACUAAGAUCCUGGUCUGGCACACACGGACAGAGAAGCCUGUCCUGGUGAACGAGGGGAAGAAGGGCUUCACUGACCCGUCGGUGGAGAUCUGAGCCUCAGACACAGG